AUGAAGAGAUUGAAGAGUUACUAUAUGCACUUACGCCACCACCAAAACAUGGAAAGAAAAUGGAUCUUUCCAUUAGCAAUUGGCUCUAUGGUUUCUCUCUUCCUCCUCUUCCUCACAACACUCACUACCUCUGAUGGCAUCUCUUUGUUUCCUUUCUACCGUUCUUUCUCUUCUUUCAGCUCUAAAUUUGUUGAAACCAAAAUCCACCCAAUACCCCUUUCAAAUCUUCCUCCACCCCCUCGAUUUGCCUACUUAAUCUCCGGCUCUGCUGGUGAUGCCAAAAUGCUGAGGCGGACUUUACAAGCUCUUUACCAUCCCAACAACCAAUAUGUUGUUCAUUUGGACAGGGAAUCCUCGGCUCAGGAGAGAUUAGAUCUAAGCAAUUUUGUGAAAGGCCAUCCUGUUUUUCUCAGGUUUGGUAAUGUAAGAAUGAUUACUAAAGCUAAUCUUGUUACUUACAGAGGACCCACUAUGGUAGCUAAUACAUUACAUGGUGCUGCUAUCUUGUUGAGAGAAAGUGCGGAUUGGGAUUGGUUUAUUAAUCUUAGUGCAUCUGAUUAUCCACUUGUUACACAGGAUGAUCUGUUGCACACAUUUUCAUAUCUGCCACGGGAUCUUAAUUUUAUUGAUCAUACAAGUAACAUUGGAUGGAAAGAGUUUCAAAGGGCGAAGCCAAUAAUUAUAGAUCCAGGUUUGUACAUGACAAAGAAAGCUGAUGUUUUUUGGAUUACACAAAGGAGGAGUGUCCCAACAGCAUUUAAAUUAUUUACAGGUUCUGCUUGGAUGGCACUGUCUCGACCCUUUAUUGAUUACACCAUAUGGGGAUGGGACAAUUUACCUCGAACAGUACUAAUGUACUAUGCCAACUUUAUAUCUUCCCCAGAAGGUUACUUCCACACUGUCAUUUGCAAUGCUGAAGAAUUUCUCAACACCACUGUGAAUAGCGACCUGCAUUUUAUAUCUUGGGACAACCCACCUAAGCAACAUCCACACCAUCUCAACCUUGCUGACAUGCAAAGGAUGAUUGACAGCAAUGCUCCAUUUGCUAGAAAGUUCCCCCAAGAUGAUCCAGUGCUUGACAAAAUUGACUCUGAGCUCUUGUCUCGUGGUCCAGGCAUGUUUACUCCUGGCGGUUGGUGCGUUGGAAGUAGGGAGAAUGGAACUGAUCCAUGCUCUGCUAUUGGAAAUACAACUGUCCUGAGACCUGGCCCUGGAGCUAAAAGGUUGGAGACACUGAUCAGCUCUCUGCUAUCAAAUGAAAAUUUCCGACCAAGGCAGUGCAAUUAA